AAGUCUCGUAUGGGAUGAGAGCAUGUACGUCGCCCAAGUUUCUGCUAUCGUUCGACAAAAAAACUAUCGCCUCCUAAAGAGCAGCUCGACACACUUUUUAAAGUUCAGUUCUUCUCGAGUCGCGAUUAAAUGACGAAUUUCUCGAAGUUUCAGUAUGCAUUUUAAUCGAAAAUGAAGCUUUUCGUAUUUUGUGUUUUUGCGCUUUGUUUAACUGCCGCUAACGCUCUAUUCGGGCCAAAACUGAAAGAAAAAUUGCUAGAGAGGGAAGAUGCCUGUCUCCGGGAAACAGGAAAUACGUUACUCAGCAUCGAUCAUGUCAGACGCACAAAAACACUGCCCGAAGACGGUAGCCUCGACAAAUUUGCACUUUGCUUAUUGAAAAAACAUCGCAUAGUCAACGACGACGACACGGUGAACAAAGAUAAACAUCGAUACUACUUAAUUUUGGACGACGGCCGUAAGAAGGAGUAUGCCGAGGAUUGCGUGCUCAGCAGCGGCGGUUCGAACAACGGCGAAAUCGCGAGGCACCUGCUGUCCUGUUUGCUGAAAACCGACAUAUUCUUCAUCGACUGGUCGUACAGAUCCCAAGAGGUUCUCUCGCAAAUGCGUCAGAGGCAGAAGCAAAAGACACAAGCAUGAAACAGUCAAACAUGUGAAUCAUACAUACAAUAAAGAUACGGUACAGUAAUUUUGUUUUCAAUUAAAAGGAUCGUAGGAACGAGCAGAGUUUCGCAAAUAACAAAAUUCCAUCUGUGUGAGUUAAAUAAAAAUCGACACUUUAAUAAACUGUCAUAUUCUCAGUAUAAAUACAAUAUUAUGCGUUCCUUCGUGCGAAGCGGCUAUAUUUAUUCCCGUCGCGCGAUAAGUAGCUAACAAUCUACACACGCAUUAAAGCCUACACGCCCUAUACGCACGAAAAGGGAGGAAUACAAGCGUCGACCAUAUACUCGAGAAAUUAUAUUCGAUUAAAAAUAGAGAGAACGAGUGGGGGGCUCCAUUGUGUACGCCGGCUCUCUCAAAGGCUG